CCUGUCCUUAUGUGUCAAGCCCAGCGGGGUUCGUGAUUAGCUUCCCCGCCACACUCGAGAGCAGCGGACGCCAGGGCCUCUGGAGCAGCGGAUAAUCUGUUUGGGUACCUUGACGUUAAAAUAUUAACUGAAUACUAUGGCAAAGGUUGGAAACCGGGGCACAAUCAAAGCGGCCUUGGGCUUCAGGGCUGAGGAAGAUGCACAGAAGUUAAGGAAGGCCAUGAAGGGGCUUGGUACAGAUGAAGAUGCCAUUAUCGAUAUCGUGGCCAAGAGGAGCAUAUUCCAACGUCAGGAAAUUUUAAUCGCCUAUAAAUCCACUAUUGGCAGGGAUUUGAUUGGCGAUUUGAAGUCUGAGCUGAGUGGGAAUUUUGAGAAGGUGAUAAUUGGAUUGAUGACUUCCAUCACACUGUACGAUGUGCAGGAACUGAAGAGGGCCAUGAAGGGUGCGGGGACAGAUGAGGGCUGCCUGAUCGAAAUUCUGGCUUCUCGUUCCAUUGAAGAAAUCAAGCGCAUUAAUGAGACCUACCAUCGUCAAUAUGGAACUACCCUUGAGAAGGACAUUGUCUCAGAUACAUCUUCCAUGUUCCGCCGCGUGCUGGUGUCUCUAGCUACAGGAAACAGGGACCAGGGAAACUAUGUGGAUGAAGGCCUUGCUCAGCAAGAUGCCCAGUGCUUGUAUGAAGCCGGGGAGAAGAAAUGGGGGACAAAUGAGGGACAAUUCCUGACUAUCCUGUGUUCAAGAAACAGAUAUCACUUAUUAAAGGUCUUUGAUGAAUACAGAAAGAUCGCUAAGAAGGACAUUACAGAAAGCAUUAAAUCUGAGAUGUCGGGGGAUCUUGAAGAUGCCUUAUUAGCUGUGGUAAAAUGCAUAAGGAAUAAGCAUGCAUACUUUGCUGAAAGAUUAUACGGUUCCAUGAAGGGUUUAGGGACGGAUGACAAUACACUCAUUCGAGUGAUGGUGUCGCGGUGUGAAAUUGACAUGUUGGAUAUCAGGCACGAAUUCAAGACGAUGUAUGGGAAAUCUCUCUACUCCUUCAUCCAGGGAGACACUUCAGGAGACUAUAAGAAAGUCCUACUCUUACUCUGUGGCGGUGAAGACUAAACCAUGUACGACUCAUUGUCGGGGGAAGAGGAGAAAUAGAUCACGAGAUUUCCCCCCCCCCCCCCCCCCCCCAAAUACCUUUAGGUAGUGCUAUUAGAAUUGACUUAAGCUAGUCGAUGCCAAUUGCCUCUUAGGAUAGGAUAUGAUAUGCUUUUAUUUGCUCCCAUUGACUUGGCCAGGUGCAAAACUGGACCCUCUCUCUGGCCUCGGACAAGUCACUUUGCCUCUGUGUUCCAUUGUCUUUACGUUCCCUUCUUCAUAGGAGGGUUGUUGGCAAGAAGUCCAAGCACUACAACAAUCUGCUGCUCAGUAAGAAGAAACUACUCAGCCUUAUCACUACAGCAGGUUCACACAUGCCCUCUGGCUUUACCAUAAAAAUGGCUCGCUGGCCAGUGCUCACUUUUUCAAUGUAAUAAACCAAUCAUUUCUUUA